AUGUCAACCACUGAUUUAGACACUUCAAUUCACAAUGCUCUGCCUCUCAAUUUGCAACCUACCCACUAUGAUCUACAGAUUUUUGACAUAGAUGAGACUAAUGACACAUUCAAGGGGCUGGUUACCAUUGACUUGGAUGUGAUUCAACAAACAGACAGACUGGUGCUCAAUGUUAGAGAUAUUGUGAUAGAUAGCGUGCAAUUAAAAUUUAACUUAACAAAAACCGUAACUGAAGUUGGAUGUACAAUCGAACCUACGGACGUUGUUAAUGAGACUGUGGUGCUCAAAUUCCAAGAGCCAGUCAAAUCAGGAUCAUUGAAGGCAGUUAUCAAUUACAGUGGUGUCAUUCAAUCGAAUAUGACAGGUUUUUAUAAAUCCACCUAUAAAGAUCUGGCAUCUGAUGAGAUUAAGACAAUGCUGUCUACACAAUUUGAAGCUACUGAUGCCAGAAGAGCAUUCCCAUGUCUUGACGAACCUAAUCGUAAGGCAACUUUCCAGCUGUCGAUCGUUACGAGGACAAACUACACAGUUUUAUCAAACAUGCCGGUCUUGUAUUGUCGAACUUUAGAUGACGGUAAGAAAUUCGCAACCGAUAGUCGUGAAUUAAAGGUUGUACAGUUUGAAAAAACUGUUGUGAUGAGUACAUAUCUAUUGGCCUGGGCUAUCGGCGAGUUUGAGUAUUUAGAAGCCUUCACAGACAGAUCUUACAAUGGUAGUAAGGUUCCAAUCAGAGUCUAUACAGCAAUUGGAAACAAAGAGCAAGGCCGAUUUGCCCUUGAAACGUCCACAAAAGUAGUUGAUUUCUUCAGCAAGAUUUUUGAUAUCGACUAUCCCCUACCAAAGCUGGACUUACUAUGUGUUCCAAAUUUCACCUGCAAUGCCAUGGAAAAUUUUGGGCUUUUGACCUUCCGUGCAACCGCUUUACUCUUUGACAUCGAGAAGUCUGAUCCUAAGUACAAAACUAGAGUUGCCUACGUUGUAUCUCACGAAAUAGCACAUCAGUGGUUUGGAAAUUUGGUAACAAUGAAUUGGUGGAAUGAGCUUUGGUUGAAUGAGGGUUUCGCAACCUGGGUAGGAUGGUUAGCUGUGGAUGAGCUAUAUCCUGAAUGGAACGUUUUCUCAACAUUCGUUUCUGAAUCUUACGAAAGUGCCAAAAGUUUGGACUCUUUGAGAAAUUCUCAUCCAAUUGAGGUUGCUAUCAAUUCUGCAAAAGAUAUUGACCAAGUGUUCGAUGCAAUUUCUUAUCUAAAAGGAGCCUCAGUCAUCCGUAUGCUCAGUCAAUCAGUCGGAAUUGAUGUUUUUCUGAAGGGUGUUUCUAUUUAUUUAAAGAAGCACAAAUUUGGCAACGCAAAGACUGUUGACUUGUGGAGUGGUAUCUCUGAGGCCUCAGGAAUUGAUAUUUCAAAGCUCAUGGACAAUUGGAUCAAAAAACAGGGUUACCCUUAUUUGAAAGUUGAGUCUGCUGGUGACAACUUAACUAUUACUCAGAAAAGAUUUUUGGCAGCUGGAGACAUUACCCCAGAAGACGACAAAACCAUUUGGUGGGUGCCUCUAAACAUUUCUGUCGGAUCUGGAACCUCCGUUGCUGAAAACUAUGCCUUAACUGAGAAGUCUGCUGUUAUUCCUAGACCAGAUUCUCCAUUUUUCAAAUUGAAUAAGGACUCUGUCGGUGUUUACAGAGUUUUUUAUAGUGCUGACUUGCUGAAAGAGAUUUCAAAGAAUUUGGACCACUUUUCAGCAGAAGACAAAGUUGGUCUUCUUGCUGAUGUGAACGCAGCCGCAAUUGCUGGUUUUCUACCAACUUCAAAACUACUUGAAUUCUUAUUGCAUUUCAAAUCAGAAACUGAUUACGUCGUCUGGUCAGAAAUAAUCAAGUCUGUGGAGCAUUUGAACUCCGUCUGGUCUGAGACCUCUGAUCAAAGACUAUCUAAGUCACUUACGAAAUUCUGCAGAGAGCUUUUUGCCUCACAAAGUGAAAGACUUGGGUUUGAACCUAAGGGAAAUGAGUCGUAUUUUGAUGGUCAGCUGAGACCAUUGAUUCUGUUAGCUGCUGGUACUAGUGGAUUGGAGCCAGUUGUUACCAGAUGUUUAGAGCUGGUUGAAAAUUCCACAGCUAUUCCCCCGUCGUUGAAACAAGUGGUGUACUCCACAGUUCUAAGUCAAAAGAAUGCAACUCAAGAACAGUUUGACCUAAUCUUGCAAGACCUCUACAAUCCUUCUUCGCCAGACACUGUUGAAACAAUUCUGAUAUCGCUUGGAAGUGUCCAAAAUGAUCUUGUGAUUCCUCAAGCGGUGAAACUACUUGAGGAUUGUCUCACUGGCCAUGGCCGUAUUGCCCUUAUGAAUGUUAACUUUCUAGCUGGCUCUCUAGCUACAAACCCUAAAACCAGAGUACUAGUUUGGAAUUUUGUGAAAGCUCAUUACAAUGCCAUCUUUGAGACUAUGCAAACAAGUGUCAUUUUAUUUGAUCGUUUCAUCAAGACACUUAAGGAGCAUGCCGAUAUUUCAAUUCACAAUGAGAUACUUGAGUUUUUCAGUAACAAGAACGUGGAUGGCUUCAACAGAUCUUUGCAGCAGGCCCUAGACCAAAUUAAGACCAAUUAUGCCUGGAUUCAAAGAGACAAAUCUAAUAUUACUGAAUAUUUAAAUGUCGAGUAG